AUGAGUAUUGGGUCCCGCCUCACUAUCGCGACUGUAGCUCUGGGCAGCAAGUUCUUCUUAAACACUGCAUGUGCGAGUGUCAAGAUUCAUGGACUAGAUCACCUCCUCACUGCCUUGGAUGAGGCUGGUCGAAAGGACAGAGGCAUAAUUACCGUGGCAAAUCACAUAUCGGUGGUUGACGACCCAGUCGCAUGGGGCGCGCUUCCUACCAGGCAUUGUAUAUUGAACCCGCGAAACAUGAGGUGGACACUGGGCGCGUCAGAUAUCAUGUUUACCAACCCCGUUUACAAUUGGUUUUUUCGCAACGGGCAAGUCAUCGAAACGGUCAGAGGCGCUGGCGUUCAUCAACCUGCCGUCGAUAUCGCGGUGGAUAGAUUAAAUUCUGGUGCAUGGGUCCAUGUGUUUCCUGAAGGCAAAGUUAAUCAAGGUUCUUGUCAGCCUGGCGGCAAGCUGUUACGAUUCAAGUGGGGCGUAGGCCGAAUGAUAAUGUCGACAACCAAAACCCCCGUAAUUAUCCCCAUGAAUAUAUCAGGGCUGGAAAAGGUGAUGCCCGAGCCUCGUCGAUUUAAAUUUUUGCCUCGCCCGGGGCAUCAUAUAUCGAUUACGUUUGGAGAUCCGGCGGCAUUGACGCAGCAGGUCGACAGGUUGGUGCAAGAGUGGCGAUCAAGUCGUCCCUCAAUACGGUCGGUAGAGACAUCUACAAAUGUGCCGCCACUAGUACGUGACACCGUCGUGUCAGAACUAGCAGGCGAUGUCGAUACGGCACGUUUAUCUGGACAAGUUCGCAAACAGGCCAUAGAUAAUCUGGGGAAGGAGAUAGAUUGGACAGAUGAAGAGAUAGCACGAGUCAGCAUCGUGGCGCUCCUUCAGGACGGCGUGGCUCGCCUGGCACUCGAUGCUCAUCCUUUGUAG